AUGUCCUCCCCCUCUCUCCCCCUCCCCUCCCUCCCCCCGAGCCCCCUGGCCAUGGAGUACCUGAACGAUUUCGACCUGCUCAAGUUCGAAGUCCGACCGGACGCCCCGCCCAUCUCUACCCCCUGCCCUCAUCCUAAACCCGGCCCCCAAGACUCAACAAGCCCCUACUCACACCACCCACCCCACGAUUCCAGCCUCAGCUCCACCCCCUGUAACUCCCUGCCCCCCUCCCCUACGCUGAGCGACACCCACCCCCCUCCCUCCUCCUCUUCCUCCCUCUCUCUCUCCUCCCUCUCCUCCUCCUCCUCCUCCCUGUCUUUCGCCCACUCCCUCCCCGGCACCUACCCUCCUGGCCUCCACCCUGGCGGCAGCCCCGCCCCCGCCCCUAACCCCGCCUCCCUGGAGGACCUGAUCUGGCUGGCGGCCCUGCAGCAGCAGUUUGGGGGUGACAGCAGCCGGGGGGACAGAGAGAGGGGCCCCACAGGGGGCUAUCUGGGGUGCGAGGAUGCUGUGGAAGCUCUGCUUAACUCUGCAGCUGCUGCUGUCAGCUCCCAGUUCCCCGUGCUGGCUCAGGGCUCCAGCUCCACCCUGCAGGACUCCGGCAGUGACAGUGGAGGUGACGUCUCCUGCCCGAAAGCAGCAGAUAUGUGCCACCGUGCCCCCCUCCUCUUCCUCUCUCCAAACGCCUCCUCCCUCCCCAACACCCCCAACACUGCCCCCUACUCACAGCCUGCCAGCCCUCCGGGUCGGCUCCACCAUCACCUGCACCCCCAUCACGGUCAUCACCAUCACCAUCAUCACCAUCAUCAUCAUCAGCAGCUCAGCCAGAGCGCGCUGGAGGAGCACUUUUCCGACGAGCAGCUGGUCAGCCUGUCGGUGCGGGAGCUGAACCGCCACCUACGCGGCGUCAGUAAGGACGAGGUGGUGCGUCUGAAACAGAAACGCCGCACGCUGAAGAACCGCGGCUACGCCCAGUCCUGCCGCUACAAGCGCCUGCAGCACCGGCACGCGCUGGAGUCCGAGAAGCACGUCCUCACCCAGCAGUUGGAGCAGUUGCAGCGGGAGCUCUCUCGUGUUCUCAGGGAAAGAGACGCCUACAAGACUCGUUAUGAGAAGCUCGUCAGCACAAACGAGGCCCCGCCCACACACACCAACCACCCUCCUUCACCUCAAGACUACUUUCUGUGA